AUGGCACAUGGGUCGUUUGCUAUCUCGCUGGCAUCUACGCGCGGCCGAAGAGACACCCCAAGCGCUGCGAAGCCGGUCGCGCCGGUCAGCGCGGAGCGCCGCCUGCCAAGGUCUCCGCUGCGCAGAUCUCCACCUCCGUGCUCCAUCGACGGGCAAGAAGGUUGGCUUGACGCGAACUCAAUGCUACAUGGUUUCAAAGCCAUGCCAAAGCGCACCAGCUUGCGCAUGGACGCGGGCGAAGGCGCCAAAGAGAGUGUGGCGGAGCGUUUCUACAGUGCGUGGCAACGAAGGGCGUGGCCGUGGACAUCAGUCAGGCAGCAGAUUGGCCUCAUGGGAGCCAUGAGCUCUUGCAGCAAUGAUAAACAAGACGCUGCCGUCAUGUGA